AUUUGAAGAUAAAAUGACAGAGUUUUGUCUUGAUCAUAUGUAAUCAACAAAAGAAAAUUUAGAAAUUUUAUCUGUUGAAUAUAUGAUGAAAAGACUGUCCAUGUAAUAGAAUUUUUCAACAGUACCGGGGAGAUUAAAAGGACAAUGGUGACAAUGAAUUUAUUCAAAAUAUCACAUCAACUUUGAGCAGUGGUCGGAAUCGGUUUCAAAAUCAGGUCAAAAUCAUCAAUAACAUUUUUUGUUUCUUUAAGAACAUCCCACAGAGUUGCAUUAAGAAACCACUGACACCACAAACAAUUGUCUUUGCUCUGAGUUUCCCACGGGCAACAUUUGUUGGCGCAAGUAUAUGCAGUGGGGGAUGCACUCUUUCAAAGUUGAAAUUAAUUUAAAAAUUUCUUUUAAAUAAUUGAUUAUGUCUGGAAAAAAGGUAAUAAAUAAUACAGGUAAAGGCAAACUAUUGAUGCCAUAAGCAUUGAAGCAAGUAUCGUGAGGAGGUUUGCUUGCUAAAAUGGACGAAAACGCAGUAUUGUAUACUUUUUCAGUUUUCAUUUUGAUUGCCUUUGCACUUGGGGAUUCUUUCUACUAUCUCAAUGUUUCGGAAAAACCAGCAGAAGAUGGCUCGCUUGAUUCCCUAAACAUAGACGAGUCUUUUUUCGCCUGUGAUCUAAACCCGAACUGUAGAAAUGUUAAUCCAAGUGGAUACGGGAGUGAAGUUGGCACAGGAAAAUCAGAUUGGAAGAAAGUUGCGUUCAGAUCGUGCAGCGAUGCCAUGAAACAGCAAAACAGCCAAGAUGGUAUCUUUUUGGUACAUUUUGACAAAAUGGGACAUCCCGUGGAAAAAAAUUGUAUGAAAGAAAAUGGAUCAGUCUAUGAAGUGUUUGAUCACGAUAGUGAAAUGAAGAUAUUUGUCAAUGGAUACGAAGGUCCUGCUUCUUAUCAGCACAAAAUAGUGUACAAAACAAAACUACACAACAUCAAAAACGUUGUUGACGCAUCUAAAAGUUGCAGACAGUUUUUCAGAAUUGAAUGCCAUGGAAUGGCGCUGUACGGUGGCAUAUUCUAUGGUUUCCUGGUGGAUAGGAAUGGACAGCGAAUGGACUACAUUGGAGGUGGCCCAGUAGAUGGACGAGGUUGCAAGUGUGGCAUAACUGGUACAUGCGCAAAAGCUGGAACUCUCUGCAAUUGUGACGCUAAUGACAAUGUGAUGCGCUUUGAUGAGGGCUACGUCACGGAUAAAAGUAGACUUCCUAUCACUGAAGUGAGGCUAGGAGAUACAGGAAGUAGCAGUGAAUAUGGAGCUUUCACAAUUGGCAGACUGGAAUGUGUCACUUAAGAAAUAUUAGCACGAGUACCAGGCUCUACAUCUCUAGAAAUUCCCGCAAUGUUCAUCCACUUUUUAAAGAUUUAUAUGAGAGAUUAAAAAGGACGGAAUACUUUUUAUUAAUUCUAGAAUGCAAUUUAGUGUUUCCAGGAAACAGAACGAAAUUUGUGACUUACUGCACCUAAUGCUUGUUAUUAUUUUUCUUGUUAAUACACUAAUUCGACUUACGGCCUCAUUUUGAAAAAUUCUUCAAAUUCUUUUGUACAAAAUUUUUGACAUCAGAUUCGGAUUGACAGCAAUGAUUUUAGUAUGCUUGGAAGUUUUCAUUGUGAUAUUGCUCACGAUAUUGAUUUUAUGACGACAUAAAGACAAAAAUGUUAUAAGGGAUUUGACCGUAUUGGCGACUAGGGGGGUAAAGUUUCCCCCGGAACGAUUUUUGCGGUCAAAUCCCUUACAAGUUUUCAAACUUCAUUUCUCGGUAAAAUCUAAAAUACUAGCUCAAACAAUAUGGAAAAUGGUAUCUUGCCUAAAAUUAUGACGAUAAAACGAAAUCUGGGCUUAAAAAAGUCGUAAAAUUAAGUUUGGAGAAAUUUCCAGAACGAGGUCGUAAGUCGAAUUGGUGUAUACCUAAUCUAUUUCAUAAUAUUCACUUUGAAAUCGGUCUUAUGAGAAAAAAAUAUGUCCCUUGCACCUGGCAAUGAUCGUGGUCUUCACUUUAAGCAUUCUCCUAAAUGAACGUACGCGAGAAUCGUGACCAAUGCUUCAAAAACGAAAUCCAACGACUUUGUCGAGCCGCUUAAUUUGUUCCUGUUGUAAAAAUUUGGGUGUCGGUGUCAUACGUUUCGCUAACGUUAUGCAAAACGAUCCGGGUACAAAAACGCAUGACAAUUAUGUUUAUGCAGAAACGUACCAAAGCCUUUAAACAA